AUUUUGCCGUCUGGCGGCUGGAGUCCCUGCUUCCUCUUUAGAGGGCAGCAGCGAAGCGUCUCGGGAACGCAUGCGCCCCAAUUUGCGCCCGGGGAAUUAAAGCGAGAGAAGAAAAGCCCCAACAAAACCCGCGCCCUAAACAAAACCCAAGUGGAGGAAAGCGCGCGGCCCUGCAGCCCCGGGGCCGUGAAGGCGCCUCCCGCCUUGCCCGCGUCCCCGGCCGCAGCGUGAUGCGCACGGACCGGCCCGCGACGCCCCGGCCGCCACUGUCCCCGCACCUGGACGCCGGUCCGGUGGCCGCGCCGCAGCCGCGCUCGCUCGCCGCCGCCGCCGCGGCUUCCUCGGAGUCGUCCGGCGCCGGCGGGGCACCUCGCUCUCCAUGGGGCUGAGGGCCUGGCUGAGGACCGUGUGCUGCUGCUGCUGCCCGUGCGGGUGCCUGGAGGAGCCCGCCGUGCCCGAGAAGGAGCCCCUGGUCAGCGAUAAUCCAUAUUCUUCCUUUGGAGCCACGCUGGCGAGGGAUGAUGAAAAGAAUCUGUGGAGUGUGCCUCACGAUGUGUCCCACACAGAGGCAGACGAUGACAGGAUCCUCUACAAUUUGAUCGUUGUUCGUAAUCAACAGGCCAAAGAUUCAGAGGAGUGGCAAAAACUCAACUACGAUAUCUACACCCUGCGACAGAUUCGAAGGGAAGUGAGAAAUAGAUGGAAACGCAUUUUAGAAGAUUUAGGUUUUCAAAAGGAAGUAGACUCUUUGUUGUCAGUGACAAAACUCAGCACCAUCAGUGAUUCUAGAAACACAAGGGAGGCUCGGGAGAUAUUGUUGAGACUGGCUGAAGAGACCAAUAUUUUCCCAACCGGUUGGGAGCUUUCGGAGAGAUAUCUCUUUGUUGUGGACCGUCUCAUUGCACUCGAUGCUGCGGAAGAAUUCUUUAAAGUUGCCAGUCAGACGUACCCCAAGAAGCCUGGGGUCCCGUGCCAGGCAGAUGGCCAGAAAGGACUGCACUACCUUCCCUUUCCAAGUCCCUAAGGGAGAGGCUACGAGGCAGAAUGGGAUUUCUCUUACUGGAACUCAACAGCCUACCAAAGUUGGACAGAUGCGUGUAAAAGAAAAUGGGCAAGAAGAGGCUAGCUAAGAGAAAAAGGAUUCUGAGUCCUACAAAAGUCUAAGCGUUUGGAUAUCUGCUCAUCAUGAGGACUUGACUAUAUGAAAGUUGAGGCUGCGUUGAAACGCCCUGGUGAUCUUGCAUCAGAGAGUGGGUCAGUGGGAUGUUUCAUCAUGGGUGAUUAGAUUCCAAGAACCCAUUGCCCCCAUUUUGGUUUUGGUUGUACAAUAAGCUCUAGCCACUAAUCCUAUUGGGAGAAUAGGAUGUUCUAGUUAAUAAAAUAAGAUUAAUAGAGCUAUCAUUGAGCCCAAAUAUGGAUUACCAAUUUUUAAAUAAUUGUUAUAUAACAUAGGCUAACACCAAAAUAAUACCAGGCGUGACAAGACCUUCCUUUGAUUUGGAAGCACCUGCAGAACCUUGGAGGUGUUGGAGGCAUCAUUUUGAGAUUAUUCAGAAGUUUAGAUGUACCAAAUAAGAGGACUAUCUAGGAGUGCCGCUCAGAAGUGAAUCCUAAAUAGAAUGCUCCCAAGCAGAACUUCCUGCAGCUCCAUGUGAAAAGCUGUGUCUUCAGCUGUGGUACAAGCAUCUUGAAUUCUCAACGUUAUUGAUAUCUGGUUACCUCAUUUUUACAUAUUGUCCAGCUCUAGUCCACAAGCCCUUGAUAUUUGAUCUGGGAUAGCAUCUAUUUGACCUUUACUGUCUUCUCUUCUCUUUAACCUGUUUCCAGCUUGUUGACUGAGAGUUGCACCUGCCCAGGGAUCUCUCAUGCAGCGUGGCCUCAGCUCCAGGACCCAGAGUGGGCACGGAGAGCCCGUGGUCACAGUGCACUGGGUUCAGUGCUCGCCCUGCCAGCCUGGGGCUUAGCCCUGCGAGGCACCAGCAGCAGCAGUAGCAACUCUUCAGGCAGUGUUGCAUUGAAGAAGGUCAUUGCUGGACUUGCUUCCAUCCUGAAAAUGAUUUUCAAAGUGGAGCAAUUCUGUCAAUACAGUUUGCGUCUAUCCACAGAUUGAGCAGCCCAGUUUCAAAAGUUAAUUGCCGGGCUUCCCUCGUGGCGCAGUGGUUGAGAGUCCACCUGCCAAUGCAGGGGACACGGGUUUGUGCCCCGGUCCGGGAAGAGCCCACAUACCGUGGAGCGGCUGGACCUGUGAGCCAUGGCCGCUGAGCCUGCGCGUCCGGAGCCUGUGCUCCGCAACGGGAGAGGCCACGGCAGUGAGAGGCCCGCGUACCGCAAAAAAAAAAAAAAAAAAAAAAGUUAAUCGCCACCUAAGCAAGGAGCUUGCCACGAAAUCAGGGUUCAUUUUGUUGAAAAGACUUUUAGAGCUUGUCGUAUUUGUCAGUAGACUGCUGAGAACAAUGGCAAUAUUUUUACUUUUACAGAUUUUACUUUUCUGACUUCAAGUUAAAAAGUAACUUGUAUUUAGUCUGCGCGGGGGAUUGUGACUUCACAAUUUCCCUACCCUGAUUAGCUCUUUUGGUAGUGAACACAAUGUUUAAAAUAUUUGUUAGAGGAGAUACAUGUUCUCCAUUUAUGAAUGCUUUGCAGACCGAUUUAACUCACAUGUUUCAGGAAUAUUCUUCCUAGUUUAAUAAGUAAACUAAAAGUUUUAUUUUUUAAAAUAAAAAAGACAUUUUUUAUUUUGUUUUAUUUAGUACUUAGUACCUCUCUCAUGUUGUUUAAAAUUAGCCUGCAGAUAUGUUCCCUCACAUCUAUAGGCUCUUGCAAGAUAAACAUACAAACAGUGAGACAAACAAACAAAAACAAACAAUAAAUUAAACCAAAACAAAUAAAAAACUUUGAAAAUCA